AUGCCAGAAGGCAAGGCGAAAACCCCUGUGAAAGCCAAAGUUUAUGCAAUCACACCAGGAGAAGUGGAUCUGGAAACAGAUGUCGGACUCUUAGAAGUGAAGUUCUUGGGACACGUUAUCUCUAGCAAAGGAGUUGCAGUGGACCUAGCAAAGAUAGUAGCAGUGACGGAACAACAAAGGCCAACUAAUGCCCACGAGAUACGUAGUUUCCUUGGUUUGAUAGGAUACUACAGGAGGUUUCUAGAAGGACUUUCUAAACUCUCUAGUCUUUUAUCGGCAUUAACUAAGAAGAAUGUCAAGUACGUGUGGAGUGAAGAGUGUGAGAAGAGUUUUCAGGAACUUAAGAGGAGGCUGACCAUGGCACUGGUUUUGGCUUUACUUGAACCUCAUAAGCUUUACAUGGUGUACAAUGAUGCUUCUAAGAUGGGAUUAUGA